AAAUCACCGCCUAAAACCCAAAACCAGAUAUCGAUUAAACCAUCAAAAACAUAUCAAUAUUCAUCAUUUGCUUUAAUAUUAUUACAAGAUACUGAAUUUUUAUUGGAAAAAGAAAUUGGGCAGAAAAUUGUAAAUUCAGCACCAACCGACCCAAGACAUGUACAUGCCACUGUUAUUGUUAACAAUAAUUUAUAUGUUAUGGGUGGUUACACUAAUGUUCUAUCAAGAGAAUUUUUUUCUCUUGAUUUGUUACAAGCAUUUGAUACAACAACUCCACCAUGGAAGGAUUUAACUGAAACUUCACCAUUGCCAGUAUUAUCAUCAUGGGCUAAAGCUAGUUCCAACACUAAUAAUGAUACAAUAUUUUUGUUUGGUGGUAUUAUGUAUGAUACUGUAACUGCUGAUUAUAAUUUGAAAAGUGUAGUUUAUACCCAUGAUUUUAAAAGCAACCAAUGGUUAGUAAACCCACCUGCUAUUCAAGGAAUGGCACCUGAAAGACGUAGAGAAUUUGCAAGUGUUAGUGAUCCAUUGACUGGCAAAUUAUAUAUUCAUGGUGGAGGAAAUGAUAUGAAAGUUACUACCAAUGUUUUAUUUGAUGACUUUUUUAUUCUGGAUGAAAAUAAUUUAUCCUGGAGUCAAAUUGGAAAAACUGGUCCAAAUAAACCACCUUUUAGAAUUGACCAUGUUGCUGUAUUGAUUGCUAAUGGAGUAAUUGUCUUUAUUGGUGGAAGAGAAGCUGCUACUCCUGCUCCUGCUUCUCUAACUGCA